UUGACGCCUUCGCCUGCCAAUCACCAGGCGCGAACGGCGGGAAUGGGCGGAAACCAGGAGCAGCACGGAGCGAGGGGCUUCGCCAUUUUUUUGUUGUUCGUUUGCUGGCUGAGGGCAACUGUCAAGCUUCUGCGUGCAGGUUUAGGGGGUUGUCAUCGGUAUAUAGCUUUUUUUUGUUUCUCUUCUCUCAGUACACUCACUCCAUUCUUUUUCCUGGUCGAAUCGUCCUUCCUUUCACGUUGUCUUUUUUUUCCGGGCGGCGGGAAAAGGGGAAAGAAAAAAAAUAGAGAUGGUGAAGAUUUUCGUGGGUAAUCUACCACGGCCGACGACCGCCGAUGAAAUCCGGGCCUUGUUCGAGAAGUACGGCUCUGUGAGCGAGUGCGACCUGAUCAAAAAUUAUGGCUUUGUGCAUAUGAAGGACCGGGAAGCAGCCAAGGAGGCAAUUGAGAACCUCCACCACUACAAGUUGCAUGGGGUUUCCAUUAAUGUGGAGGCCAGCAAAAGUGUGUCCAAGUCCUCGACCAAGCUGCACGUGGGUAAUGUUGCAGCUGGCUGCACUAGUCAGGAGUUGCAGGCCAAGUUUGAGGAGUAUGGAACCGUCUUAGAAUGUGAUAUCGUUAAGGACUACGCCUUUGUGCACAUGGAGAGGAGCGAAGAUGCCAUGGAGGCCAUCAGGGGGCUAGAUGGCACAGAAUUCAAAGGUUUGGUUUGCAUCGUGACGAGAGCCGCGGGUCCCUUGGUAUGUGCAGAAACUCGGGUCAAAUGUUUUUUGCUUAUUGAUUUUAAUGUGGAAGAUAUUAGUGAGACACUAUAUCUAAAUAUCGUGUUAAUUAGCCACUGGCUCAAUUAUCUUCUCAAACUGUGACCAAGUAUCUUUAAAUUUGAAGUUUUAAUUUCUCUUUCUGGAUUUCUUUUAUGUUUGGUGGGAUUGACUCAUGUAACUGUCAGUUGUUUAAAUUUGAAGCUUUUGGAUUUCCUGUAAUCUGAUUUACAAUAAAUGAUGAGUACUCAGCCUGAGCGUGUUGCGUCCAUGUGAAUCUACAAUCCUGACCUAAUGCUCUGUGCAGGUACUGGGCAGAAUAAUUAUCUGAUUUCCUUAUACACAGAUUUAGCUCAUGGCACAUACUUAGCCUUGAGUCAGUAUGCAAGUUUAGUGUUGAUUUUUACAGAUGCUUUGCUGUGCCAAAUUGUAGGCUCUGUUAGGUGGAAUUAAAGGAACAGGAAAAGUCCAUUGGCUUGUCUAGCGAGCCUGUCUAUUUUGUAUAGUUCAUUCCAUCUACCUGUUGCACCCCUGAAUCCACUUCAUCUUCAGCUGUCUGUUUUCCUGCCUUUUUUAUUGUCUACUUAAGCAGAUGUGACUGGGAAAAAUAUUAUUCUCGGUCCUACCCCUUAUUGUUAGGGAGUUAGUCUUCCUCAAGUGAGUGUGUAAAUGUUAGAUGGGAGUAAAAUCUGCUUUGGCUGUAACAUGUCUUAGUAUUGUAUUACGUGCCAUCACUGAUUGGACUCAGUGUUGAAGAAUGAUAAAUUGGACACAUGGAACAUCAAUAACAUUACUUGAAAAAUAAUUAGUACCUUCAGCAGAGGAAGGGAGUGAACUGGGGAGAGUCAAGCGUGAGUGCCAGGCUGUUACAAAAUGCGUCAGUACUCCUAUUCUGUGCAAUAGCAUAUUUCUGUAAUUAAGCUGUUCAGAGGACCCAAAACAACAUUGUGUGCAAAAUAAUGUUAAAGAACAGAAAUAAAGAAUACAAACUUCUAGUUGUUAAUAUGCAGCAUGGUAACAGCAUGCUCUAUAAAAAUACCUUUCUGAUUUUUCUGCUUAAACUUUGCAAAUUAUAUAUUCCAGGUAAUGGAAUUAAGGCAUUGAAACUGCAAAUGAAGUACAACAGAUGCAGGAUACAUGUUGAAAUACCACAAAUGUUGGAGCUAUUAGAUUAGUAUCUGUGAGAAAAAGCUGAUGUUAGGUUAACUAAAUCAAACUUAAAACAAUGAUUGAAAGAAGGGGCAGAAGAAUGAAUAGUAUGCAAGUAUUGCUUAUUGUGCGUCACAGAAGUUAUUCAUGAAAGAUACCAAUUAGCCAAAGUGAGUCUUGAUCGUCAGUGAAUUGAUCCACUCAAACUUUAAAAUAAAUUUAUUAAAUUAUUCUUUUUGAAGAAUAGAUGAAUGUUGAGUCAAAAUGAAUUGUCCUUCAAAUUUGCUUAUAGGUGAGGACCACAGGACUUAAUCAGUUAAGAUAAAAGGUAUUGGGAGCUGCUGUACCUAAUAUGUGGCUACUGUAUGCUCAACUAAUAUUUGGAGACAUGAGCAAAGAAAUUUGUUAACUCAUUUGCACAUACAUUUACUUGCUACUUUAGAUUCCAUUUUGAUUACCUUUUAUGAAUCAUUUAAGUUAGCUAACGUUGCAGUUCAAAAUAAUUGGUGGAGCUAGCAAACUAAUUGUUCUUUCUUCAAGCUCCAUUUCAUCUCCAAAGUCCUUAAUUAUGUCGUGGCAUCCCAAAUACAUUCCCAUCUUUCCUCAACUCCUAUAUUUGAAUUAUUAGUGUUUUGCUCUGCCACAGUGCCAAAAUAGCUCUUAUCAGUGUAAAUAACAUGUGACUGACGAAGCUCAAAUUUCCCUUCUCAGUCCCUGAUAGGAUUAAAAACAUCAUUCCUGUUCAGGGCUACUACACUGUUAUCCUGCUAGGUGGAACUAUUCUCAUGGUUCUAUUCUUUUCCAUCUAAUUGUAGACAGAGAACCACUUGCAGUGGCUUCGGAUCCUCCCACAUUGUUAUCUUAAUACCUUUGCCCCUGUAACGGGCAGCGUGCAAAUGUGAAAUAGGUGACAUCAUCCAAUUGCAGGUUUACGCACAUGCUGAUGGCAUUCGAUUCUAUCCCACUACCAUGCCUCUUGACUCUUCCAUUGUUGCUAAACUAUGUGACUUUUUAAUCCAACAUGUAUCGGUGGAUCUGUAGGUUAACAGAAAUUUUCUUCACUUAAGUAUUAGAAACAUCGGAAGCUAGUAGUAAACUCUGUUCGCUUAACUCAUUCCCUCUCUCUGGCAGUCCGUCUUCGAUUCAGUCAGUCUGUUUACGUUCAUGACAUCACGCUUGAUCUAGAUGCAAGAUUCUGCCUUAAUUCUCACACCAUCACUGAGACUUCUUAGUUCCAGCUUGGUACAUUUCUCAAGUUCAGUUUAUCUCCUGCUGAAAUCCUCACCUGUGCCUUGAUUUCCUAGGUUUAUUCCAGUGCGUAGUCCUCUUGGUUUCCCAUAAUCUGCACUUCAUAAACUUGAGGUUAUUGGUGUUCGCAAUCAAGCAGUGUGUAGAUUUUAAAAUGUUCAUUGCUGUUUUCAAAUCCCCGUGUGACCCUGUUGUGAUAUGUUGUGAUAUAAAUAUUUAAUAUGUUGCACUCAAUUAUAUAUCUCAUAAUAUUUUACCUUUUAGCUUUAUGUUGACACAGUUGACCAAAUCUAGUUUCUCUUAUAAAUAGUGUAAAAGAAUUUGAGAAGCAAGAUCCAGAUGUAUUCUACGGUUGAUGGGUACUUGCAUUUCUGGUAGCAGAAGAGUAGAAGGACAAUUUUACAAGCCUGAUUGUCUGAUCGGAUAAAGCUUUAUAUGCCUCAGUUUUUAACAAAUGCUGCUGGUUGACAUCAGCGUUGCAGAUUUUUGCUUGGACGUGGCAGAGACAUUUCACUGGUCUCCUGGUGGUUGAUGACGAUGCCUUUUGAAUGUAUUGCAAUUGACUAAGAUUUUAAAAUGACAAAUUAAUGUAUAUUGGUGUUAAAGGUGCUCAUUUCAACAAUGAAUCCAUGUGAUAUUGGACCAAAACUUACCUGCUGUCAUUUUAGCUACAUAUAACCACCAUAACUUUAACUUAAAUAACUUUGUAACUCUUGGGCAGCAUAGCAAUGAGCCACUUUUUAAAGAACAUCUUUAGUUGGCCAGAAUGCAUCCACUUGCUUCUUCUAUAUAAAGCUAUAAUGAUGUCAAAGAGCGUGCAUGUGCGUGUGCAAAAAUGCUUUGAUCUUGGAAGUGAUGAUAUAUGUUUUUCUAA